AUGGGGAAGAAAGUCAUUGCCAAAAGAGCACCUCGUGAGAAAAUCCAUAAACUUCCAGGUUUUCCUAGACCAUCAACCUGUUCUCAAGACACCACCUUCACUCCCUCACCUUCUCCUCCUACCUCUCCUCCUCGCUGUGACCCCAUGGCUCGGACCAAGAACACUCCAAGAUUCCCUGCCUCUGCCAAGCCGACGCCACCACCGAAAGUCACACCAUCCAAGCCAGAGUCAUCAAAACUGAGUUCAUCCAAAGGGAAGCGACCUGCAGCACCAGAACCUCCACCUGAGUCCACACAAUCAAAGUCUAGGUCUGUUCCAUCACGGUCUCAAAGAGGUAAAACUCGAGUUCCUCUCACAUCUGUUAGAGAACCAAACAUUGAUCCCUUUGCUCACAAAUCACACUUCAUGACAUCUCACUCAGACUAUAACCCCCAUCGUUUCAAAUCUGCCAUGAACCAUGACUUUUAUGAGGGAGUUAUUCAGUACCGUCAUCUAUGUCCCUCUUUUCUUGCUGAUUUACCUAAUUUGAAAAAGAAAGGAUUUCCUUUUGUUGAAAAUCUGGAAUUUUUAGACUGGCCUUUUCAAAAUAAAAAAAACCAGUAUAUCCUAAGUUAG